AUGUCAACAACAACAACAACAGCGACCGCAUCGUCGUUCUGUUCGACUUCCUCCUCUUUCGCGUCGUCGUCGUCGUCGUCGUCGUCGAAAAGUCUACAAAAAAUCUCCUCCGUACCGAAGAAGAGAGGGAGCGUUUUGAGUAAGAUUAGUUCUAGGACGAGAGCCGAAUCGUCGUCGUCGUCGUCACCAUCAUCUUCAUCUUCUUCUUCUUCGAACAACAACAACGAGUUUUUGAAAGCGCAAGGAUUAGAUGCUGGUAACGAUGCGAAAGAGGCCUUCUCUAAAUUCGCUCAAGAAGGAGGGUUCCCGGUUUGGUUGCCGGAAGUUGUCAACGGACGAGUCUGUAUGGUUGGACUCAGCGUUGGCGCCACGGUGGAAGUCACCGAGCACGUGUCGUUGCUCGAACAAGUCCCGCAUAGUUUAGUUCAAUUGGCUCUACUCGGGGGUUCUAUCAUAUAUGCGUCUACAAAACCGUUCGAGUUUAAUCCUCAAAACGGAUACAACGCAAACCCGCAAAGCUUAGAAGGGAUUAGAGAUACGCCCGGGAUGCUCGUCGUCGAAAAGUGCAAUUUUACGCCCAAGGUUGAAAUGGCGCACGGUAGAAUCGCGAUGACUGCGUUUACGUUACUUUGCUUGAUUGAAUUAAUCUCUGGGAAACCGUUUUUUGGUUAA